AUGACAACGAUGUUCGUCCAACUGCGCCGCGUGGUGUACCUGUUGGUACUUCUGCACUUCUGUACGUGUGUGGCAUAUGCGGAAAGUGGUUCACCUGUGAAUGAGCAUGUUUUUAAACAGAAGGCUGGGGAGUUUGAGGUUCUGUGGAAUGAGUUAAAACAUUCACUGAAUAAUGCAGAAGUUUCUGUAAUUGUUUUGGGUGGUGAAAUUAGGGCAUGUGAUGUUUAUUCUACACGUGCAUUAAAUGCCGUGGAGCAACUGAAGAGACUCACCAAAGGAACGGAGGCGGAGAUGAGUCUGAUUCACACUUCUACAACUCAAAAGGAGAUGAAAGAAAAGUGGAAGGAGGAGAAAGCUGCACUACAAGAAGCCAAUGAUGUCCUAUCUAAUGUCCCGUUAGCAGUGAAUAUAACAAGAAAGGCGGCCGAAGAUUUUAACAAGACAUUAACUGAGAUGGAAAGACUUUCUAACGAUAUCAUCUCCGAGGCUACUAAAAUUUUGGAUUCUCCUCCAAAAUUAUCUCAUUCGUCGCACCAUAUUUUUUUUGAAGUGGAGAAGUUGGUUGUCGCCGGCAUAAAAGACGGUAAAGACGCUCAGUCUUUCGUUGCAAGAGAGAAAUCAAAGGUUCGAAUGGCCUUCGAGGUUGCGAAGGAGGCGGAGGAACACGCAGAAUCUCUGGAGUUGGAAGUGGAAUCUUUCCAGAAGUACUUGGAGAAACAUGGUCUUAACCCUGAAGACUCAACAACGGAUUCACAGCAGAAUAAUCAAACGAAUGAAUUGCCUGAAGAAGAAAAAGAGGCUGACGAAAAUACUGCGGAGGAUGCAAAUGAAGAAGGCAAUGUUGAAACACCAGAGAAUAAUAAUAGUUCUCAGAGCAACACUCCUAAGCCCAGUGAUUCAUCUGCUUCUGGAACUUCGCCAUCGCAAGAAGAGGAAACAACUAAUUCUCCUUCUUCUUCAGCUCCAGACAAUUUGGAUAAUACACAGUCAAGUGACAACAGCAGCAGUCCUGCAUUGGUGCACAGUCCCUUAUUGCUGCUUGUUUCGAUGUGUGUGCUGGGCUGCACUGCGGUGUUCUAA